AUGAAUAACAUUAACUUGCAAUCGUGUGUCGGCCGCUUGGAGCGGAUCACGGUCACAUUGGAGAAGAUGGGAGGAUCAGCUGUGAAGGGGAAAACGGACUUGGAAAGUUUGAUCAACCGAUUGGAGAAGGUGAUGCCGAAUUUACGUUCGGGUUCAGAAGAGAAGGCUCUCGACGAUGCAUUAGGCGAAAUCAAUAGAUUCAUGUCUCCUACAAGUACUCCGUCGACCGCACCGAGCGACCCCUUCUUCUCUCGCGGCCCAGUGCCAUAUAGUGAAUUUGCAAAACGUGGGGGUGGGGAAACUAGUAUGAGGAUGUUCUCUUCGAACCACGUUUCUGAGCACCAGAGUUCUAGUUCAGGACGUGGUCCACCAAGUUUUUACUCACGCACUAAAACAGAGGAGUACUUUGAUGGAAAUAGAGAAGGGGACAAGAAUUUUUACAAGCUUGAGGAAGAGGUGAAUGCCGAUGGGCCUCAAACGGGACGAAUUCACGAGAAAUCUAGCGAAGUUCAAGGCUCGCCGCCUCCUCCAGAAUCACGCAGCUUUUUGUUGAAUCAAUGGAAAGGACCACGGCGGUGGUCGGAGACAGGAUUCAGUCAUCAAAAUAACGUCAUGUUGAGUUCAUGCGUGCUCGAGCCACAUUCCCCGUCCAGUAACGGAAGCGUCGGAAAUGCGUCCACGUACUCAGGCUUGAGCCAUUCCUCAGGACUCAGCCAUGCCUCCGAAUAUGACAACAUUGUGCAAGGGUCGCUGGCGAGAUAUUUAUCUUUAUCAAACACUAUCGGUGGUGACGUGGCAACGCACGCGCAAAUGGUUGCACGAGCUUUUAGCAUCCAGAAGAAGUUUCUGGAUGUGGCGUCUCGAUGCAAGCAGCCAUCGGACGUGAAUCUUCAAAAAUUGCUCACUGGUACUUCGGAAGCAAUCAUGGAAAUUCAAGGCUUUAGGGAGAAGCAUCGUUCUUCGCCAUUAUUCAAUCAUUUGUCGGCUUUGUCCGAAGGAAUCCCUGCAUUGGGAUGGGUUGCCGUGUCACCUACCCCUGGUCCGCAUGUCAAGGAAAUGGCGGACUCCGCUCAGUUUUAUACAAACCGGGUCCUGAAGGAUUGGAAGGAGAAGGAUAAGACCCAUGCGGAAUGGGUCAAAGCUUUGUUGGAGAUCUUCGCGGACCUGCAAACGUACAUCAAGCAACAUCACACGACCGGAUUAGUGUGGAACAAUCGUUCGGGAAGUGAGCCUUCCGCUGCGGAUUUCGCUGCGUGUGGAUCUGUGCCGUCUAAUGCGAGCGUUGGUCCUAGUGGUGGUGGUGGUGGUGGAGGUGGUGGGGGACUGAAGAAAGUGACCGCUGACAUGCAGACUCACAAGAAUCCUGAAUUGAGAACAGCAAAUACCGUUCCGACCAAAAGCACACCACAGCCUGUCGCGCCUGCAGCUGGACCAGGAAGUAGAAUUGGCGCGGAUCCGACGAAAUCGCCGAAUAUGGAACUCGUCAAUGGAAAAAAGUGGAUGGUGGAGCAUCAGAACGGGAAUGAAGGAUUGGUCAUCAACGUCACAGCUAUUAAUCAAGCUGUGUACAUUUUCCGGUGCACGAACACUGUGGUGCAGGUGAAAGGGAAAUUGUCUUCUGUGGUGAUGGACUCUUGCAAGAAAACCGCGGUUGUGUUUGAUACACUUGUUGGUCCUGCGGAGUUCGUCAAUUGCCAAAGCUGCAAAUUGCAGAUCACUGAUACUGUUCCUAUCGUGUCGAUUGAUAAUUGCGACGGUAUACAAAUGUUUUUGUCUGCUGCUGCCAAGGAUGCAGUGAAGAUUGUGACUUCCAAAUCGUCGGAGAUGAACGUGAUGGUUCCAAAACGAGAUGGCGAUUUUGUGGAAUAUCCAAUUCCAGAACAAUUUUCGACGACCGUUACAGCCGACGGUUUGACGACCGUCGUCGCUGACAGCACUGGUUGA